UCAUUUGCACUAGUUUUGCGCCAAUGGUACUGUUCAAAUGUGUACAGCCCAAAGCACUGGAUACUUUCAGACACUAGGCAUCAGGCCAGAAGCCAUUAUCAAUUACAGCUGAUGCUAACCAAAGGUUUCUAGGGGCUGUCGCUGCUGUAUCAGCAGUUGAUAUCAUUUCACUGUUUAGCUAGACUGAAGGCCAAAAAGUCAAAAGAUGGGUCCUGUGCUUGUACUGUGCUUGUUCUUCACACAUUGUUUUUUUUCUUUUGAUUUAGGUUAGACUAUAGUUUAGACCCAAGAGCUUGUUUGACACUGACAGCUUGAGUACAGAGGCAAAGAAAAGAUUGUUGGUUUUGAAUGUGAAGCAGCAAACUUUCAUCCCUUUGCUUGGGAGCCUGUUCUGCUGGGAAUGACAAGAAAUCUACCCACAGCAUUCUUCAUCUAGGUUUGGCUCAACAGCCGGCAGAGAAGUGAAAAACUGUCUUCUCAAUGGAAGACAACAGCGAACCUGAGCAGAGCUCCUGGGCUCAUCUACCUGAUGUCUGCCUGAGGCAUGUCUUCCAUUGGUUAGAUGACAGGGACAGAUCUCGGGCUGCCUUGGUCUGUAAAAAAUGGAGUUGUGCCAUGUAUUCAGGAUCCCUCUGGAGAAGGAGAACCAUCACAUUCUAUGGCCGACCAUCAAGGGCACACACAUUGGAGCUUCAAAGUGCACUGUGGUAUGUCAAGAAAUUUGGCAAGUAUUUGGAGCACCUUGAGAUCAAGUUAUCGAAUCCUUACAAUACUGCCUUUACCCAAAAGUUUCAAGUCACUAUGAAAGGUCUUCUUUCACACCUGGGUAAGUGUAACAGUCGCCUAGUAUCCCUGAGCAUCAAGUACCUGGAAUUAGACCGCUUGAUCUGGAAAAACGCGGUCAGGGCUCAGUUUAUCAAGAACUUAGCUACCUUCCUGAAAAGAAUGAGCAAACAGCUUGAUUAUCUCAACUUAAAAGGUGCGAGAGUAACCUUGGAAGAAGGCUGUGAGCUUCUGAAUUCUCUGAGCUGCUUGACAAAUAAAAGCUUUGUAUCUGAAAUCAAUAUUGAGGAUUUCUUCAGUCUCCACCCUCCUGUCUACAGCAGCACCUUGUUUCACCAAGCUAUGUCCAAGUUCCGCAGCCUGGUCAUCCUGUCUUUAAAUUAUAACUGCAUCUCUGAUGAACUGCUGGAUAUCCUGUGGAAUAGUGCUCAUUCCCUGUGUACCUUGAAUAUCAAAUGUCAUGUCCAUGAUCCUCAUGGGCAAGUGGUCUGGGGAAUGUCGUGGGCAAACUUGGCCAAGAGAGCCCCAAAACUAAAUGUGAACUUCUUCUUUGAAAGAAUCAUGAAGCAUGAUCACCUAGCCAGGAUCCUGCUAGUGGAGAUCCCAGUCAGGAGCAUCAGUCUACGGAGCUGCUAUUUCAGUGACCCAGACUGGACAAUGAGACCUACCCUCACCAACCUCCUCCCAGCCUACUGGCAUGUUCUGCAGAAAUUAACACUUGAACUAAACAAUGACCAUGAGCUGCUGGAUGAUGAGCUGCUACAGCUCAUCUUAUCAUGCAAGAGGUUGUUAUUUCUGAAAGUCUGGGCAUUUCUAAGUGUCACCUUUAUUGAGAGGCUGCUACAAAACCGUGCAGAAAGGAAAUGCAUUUUGACUACCAUAAAGGAAGCUCCAAAAGAAUGGGAAAACAUGAGAAGAGAUGAGAUGUGCCAAUGAAGGCCCGUGUGGCUGUGGAUUGUUUGUUCACCACCCCUGUAUCUUCAAGGUGUGAGUGACUUGGACAACAAUCUCAGAUGAUCAGGUUGGAGAGCAGAAGCCUGACUGAGAUCUGGACCAGCAGAAAGGGACAGAUCUGCUGAGGCCUAAGGUGAAAAAUCACAAGAGCAGGAAGCAAUUAGAUCAGCAGAGCUCGUACUGGGGUGAACACCAAUAACUGGCUUUUCUGGCACUAGAAGAAAACAGUUUAAAGGCAGUCACAGCUAUGAAGUAGUCAUUUCUGUAGAUACCUCUUAGCUAAUGUUUCUUACUGUUCUAUGCAUGCUGUCUUCUGUUCUCCCCUAUACUUACUGUUAUACAUAAACUGAGAUAGAAAAACACUGCAACUUUCCUACUUUAGAGAUCAACCACCUAAAAGUGUCAUAGAAUCUCUUUCAACUCACUGACAAGCAACAAAUUUUUUUAUAUUUACAUAUAUAUGUGUGUAUAGAAACCUUGUAAUUCCCAAAUAAAUUACUUUGCUAGGGGCUCUAAUAAGGAGAGCCAACAUUAUGCUAAGAAUUUUUAAAGCUUUGCUCUGGAAUGGCAAAUAGCAAAUCUAGUUCUGUAAGUUAUUGCUUUAAUAAAAAAAAAAAAAAAAAAGCGCUC